AUGCCCAACACAUAUACCAUCACCAUCCAGAACAACUCUGGCACCAACCAGAACUAUGCUCUCUUCAGCGAGCCUCCCAAGCUUGAAUCUUCCGUGAGCUCCAAAGUUUGGACCAAUGCUGUGAAGACUGCUCAUGCGGGGCCCAACUCCGCGACUACUUUUACCAUCUCCUCGCAGUUCUUCGCAUACGUCGGUUCCUCGAGCGGAGUCCCUGGCCAGGAUGAUGUGACUGUAUCUGUCUCCAGCUCCAAUGAGGUUGAGCUUGGUUCCAGUGACCUCUCUGGGAACGCAAAGAAGGGCACAACUCUCAAGAUGGAUGUCAUUGACAUGGCUCCCCAAUUCACCGGCGCGGCUGCUCCCGGUGGUAAACAGGGUGCUUUUGGUAUCCAGACAGCUGCUGGAAACGACCAGAACCAGUUUACCUUUAAUAAUGCUAAAGACAACGGCUGGGUUAUCGGCCUCGGAAAAAUUGUCAACGGCCAAACUGUUCCCGCUGCUACUAUCAUUCCUCAGCCCAACUGCAGCUACCAAAUCCAGCCAAUUAACACCUGGUACAUUUCCUAUGGAUCCUAUACGGCUGGUCAGGUCUGUAACUUCGAGAUGUCUAGCCUUCAGAAGGCCACUGUCAACUUUUCAAACUCUUCAAAUGCCAGAGUUGUUCACAGUCCCGGUGGAGAGAUCACUACCCAGGUCUAA